AUGACAAUGUCGAGUAAUACUACUAAUACUCCACGUUUAACAAUGACAAAUGGUUCAAUAUCUCAACAAAAUCAUCCAAAUACAACAACAACAGCAACUAUGCCUAUAGUUCGUUCAACGAUUGAUGAUUUUCGUGAAAUUGUACGUGAACAAUCAUUUAUUAUUCCAAAUAAUACAGAUCAUGAUUCAAUCGAUGUACCUAUAAAAAAGUAUCCACCAUUACCUGAUAUUACUGUACCAAAUAAUACUUCAAUGAAUAGUACAUUUUUUCGUACAGAAACAAUUCUAACACAACCUAAACAAACUGAAUCAAAAAAACAAAUUUUUAAUCAUUUUGCUCCAACAACACAACGAGUAUAUUUACCAGCACUUAAUAAACGUCAUAUGUUACCUACAGUUUCAGAUGUUAUGGAUCUUGAUGAAGAUUUACCACAAUGUACUACAAAUACAGCAUAUCGAGCAGCAACAUACACAUCACCUGGUGAUCGUAUUAUAUCACCAAUAAAACGUCCAUCGGCUCCAUCACCACCUGCAAGUGCACAAAUAAAACGACCAGGUCAAAAUGCAUUUGAUGGUGGUGAAGACGAACAAGAUGAAGAACAUUGUUCAGGUUUAGAAGAUGAUGAAAGUCAAUUUUUUGAUGACGAAUAUUAUCGUUAUCAUCAACCUAUGAUAAUGAAUCAUCGUCGUAUUAAUCAUUAUACUACUAAUAAUCGUCAUCCACAAACAAUGGGAAAAAAUCCAACUAUAAUUAUUAAUGAUGAAUAUGAUGAUUCUGCUCAUCCAUUAGAUUCAAAUAAUUUUGAACCGUGA